AUAUCAUCAAUUAUUUGUAUUUAUUUAUUUUCGAUCCAAUAAUAUCGCCUUAAAUCUAAAACAGGGCUUUUGAACUGCUAAAUUUAUCGUAUAGGAGGUGUGAAGAUGCCUGAUCCGCGAGAAGAAGAGCUGAGAGAUGAGAUUGAAACCUGUAUUACUGACUUGAAGCAAGGAACACUACAUGGUUCUUAUGAUACUGCUAUGCAGACAGCUCAGCUCCUGAGGAAGACUGUUUCUGUUACUCACUGGAAAACAGCUGGUGAACUGAUGGAGAUUGUCAGAAAAGAAGGCAAAAAGAUGGCAAACGCACAGCCAACAGAAUCAGCAGUAGGAAAUAUGGUCAGAAGAGUCUUAAAAAUUAUAAGAGAAGAGUACUCAGGUUCUAUUAAAGGUAAAGCAGAUGAAGCUGAUACAGAAGAAUCCCUUCAUAAACUUCUAAUGGCAGAGGGAACCCCAACGAGUGAUUUCAGCAAACCAACUCAGGGUCUAAAGACAACUGUGAUAGAUGCAAUCAAUGAACUAAUAACUGAGCUAGAAUCAAGUGCAGAUAACAUUGCUAUGCAAGCCUUAGAACAUAUACAUUCCAAUGAAGUUAUUAUGACGACAGGGAAAUCUAGGACUGUGGAAAAAUUCUUAAAGAAUGCGGCAAGAAAAAGAAAGUUUACCGUGAUAGUAGUUGAGGGAGCUCCAUUUUACCAGGGCCAGGAGUUGGCAAAGAGUUUAGCUCAAGCAGGUAUCGACACAACAGUCAUCACAGAUUCUGCUGUAUUUGCAAUAAUGUCUAGAGUAAAUAAGGUGACAGUUGUAAUAAAUUUGUAGCACCUCACGACGUCUUGCAGUUCUCUGAAGGAAAAAUACUAUCCAAGGUUGACGUGCAGAAUCCAGUCUUUGAUUACAUCUCACCAGACUUGGUGAACUUGUUUCUCUCUAAUAUAGGAGGAAAUUCCCCGUCCUACGUGUACCGGUUGCUGAGUGAAUUAUAUCACCCAAAUGACUAUGAUCUAUAAUAAAUGCAAAGAAUAAAACUAAACAAGUCCGCAACAAACUGUUCUCUUGUCUUAUAUUGGCCUAAAAAGAUAUUUCUUUUACUCUGGCAAAAAUCUUUAUUAAGUUAAAACAAAUCGAUGUCAUCCAAAAAAACUAUUGUUUUUGCUGUUCAAAUCAUAGUUAAUAUUAACUAUAUUCAAAUCGUCUCUGAGUUUUAUGAACGGUCUCCAAUAGCCUGUACUGGAUAACAAAUAUGCUCUCUUAGUUUUACAAAAAAAACCUGUUAACUCGAAAAAAAUGUAUUUUUCUACUGCUCCUUAAAUGAACUUAUAGAACUAAGACUUCGCUAGAGAAAGAUAACAGGCCAUUGUCUUGACUCGUUGAGGAUUAGCACGCUAUAGUAUUGUUAUUUCCAAUUCAGGAACCAUUUCCUUUCGCCUGAGAUUAAACUCCAAUUAAAACAAAAAAAGUAGUUCAAAAA